GGCACAACUGUCGUGCGCGCAGCAUGUCUGGAAGACCGUUCUCGAGUCCGGUGUGUCGAAAAUUGGAUUAACGAAAAAUCGUGAAAGAAACUAGCCCUUAACUCAGCUCAAGUCGUCUGGAUUUUUAUUGCAUACACAGAUACAAUUGAUUCACUUCGGUAUUUUUGAUCAAAAUUAACUUCUCAAGUGAUCUUCGAUUAGAAAAUCAUCUGUGAUAAGAAAUUAAAAAUAUUUCUUUUUAGAAACGGCAUCUGUAAUUAAUAAUCAAGAGUAUUUAUGGGUAAUUGCGGUUAAAUUUAAGUGCAGCGGUUAAAAAAAUAAUAAUGAUAGAUUAACUUCGUUGGCUGUAUAUCCAACUGUAUUCGAUAAAAUAAAUUUAAAAAAGAGACAAAUUCAUGGCCCUGGUGAAGCAAACAGUAGAAUUCGCUUGAUGAUCGUAUGAAGGAUCAAAAAGGUAGAAAGGAAGCAGAUGAAAAUGUUGCUACUCAGGGUGAUUGUGACGUUGGUUGCGUGCUGGAUCGUCAAGUGCGAUCUGCUGGAUCUUUACGUCCAGCACAUGGACGAGACCAUGAGGACGAUGCGGUACAGCAGUAAACGGCAUCCCAUGGAUCCUGUUACUAGAAGAAUAAAGAGGAGCCUCGAGGAGGGCGAACCGCUGCUCAAGAUUGGUAACUUCAAGAAGCAGCGGCUGGACGUCGAUGAGAAUUGGUUGAAGCAGUGGAAGCCUGAGAGUAAGAUUAUUUCUUACGGGAAUGACGCUCUGGACCAUCCGAACGAACUGGAAAAGAACCUGGAUCCUGAUCAGCAUGAAAUAUUCUCGAAAUACUUCGAAAAUACGUCGAUAGUUCCCGAAGACGCUGCUGAAAAUUCGCAGUCGAAUGUCCCGCAGGAUCCGAUAACUGAGGUAUGGGAGGGAACAUGGGAGAGUGAGGUGACAAUCGUGGAGAAUCAGACCAACGUCGAGGAGUUGCCUGUCGAGAUUCUGGUGUCCGAGGAAGGAUUCCCGGAGGAAAACUGGGACGCCGAAGAAACGGAGGGUAAAGAUAACACGCAGUUCGAGAUAAUCAGCGAGAACGAGCAGAUCAAUCCGAAGCCGUUUGUCAGUACGAGCUUCAAGAGGUCGCCGAAGUCUCGGAAUAGCCGGGUGCCAAAGAAGUACUUUCCGGAGAAACCGAACAAGAAGAGCCACGUCAAGGACGAGGCGGCGACGAGGUCCAGGAGAAGCGCGAACCACGGAGUUAACGAAGGCAUAUCUAACGACGUCAAACGGUCAUUCAUAAAGUUCACCAGAUACGAGAAGCUGGACGAGAACGGUGAUGUAAUCCUCGAGUGGGAUCCUUCGGACGAGGAGGAGGUGAUCUUCAGGAUAACCGCCAAAACCCUGGGCUACGUCGGCAUCGGUUUCAACGAGAAGACUAACAUGAAAGGCGCCGACAUCCUGCUCGUUUGGGUGGACGAUCACACCGGCAUUGUCAAUCUACUGGACUCGCACGGUAGCGAGGAGAUGAACGCUGCGCCGAUAACUGACAUAUAUCAGGACGUCCAAGUGCUCAGCGGCUCGCAAAAUGGGACCCAUACCAUCGUCACGUUUUCCAGGAAGUGGCAGACAUGCGACCCUCAGGAUCAUGAACUCACGGGCGAUACUGUUAGAGUACUGUGGGCCCUGCACGAUGCUGAUCCCGAAUUAAACACACCGAGAUGGCACGGGAAUAGACGAGGCGGAAAGGCUUUGAGGUUGAAAACAGCUGCGGCACAUUCGCCACCGCAAGAGAUUCGUGAUGCACGAUACUGGGACGUGAAGCUGAGUCAGUUUGAGGUGGACAAUAAGGAUACCAUCUACUGGUGCAAGAUCUUCAAGGUCACCUCCCAGCUGAAAACGAAACACCACAUGAUAGGGUACACACCGCUCGUGGAGAAGGCCAACGAGGAUCUGGUCCAUCACAUAAUUUUGUACGCGUGCGCAUCGACAGAUAGAGUCCUCGGUGAACACGCACGGAUUGCCGGCGCUCGUUGCUACACCUCGACGAUGCCGCCAGAAUGGGAUUCGUGUCUACAACCUGUCCUCGCUUGGGCUCGUGGCAGUAAAGGUGAAUGGAUGCCGGAGCACGUCGGUAUACCUAUCGCGGAACACGGCGAGAACUCGUAUUAUAUGCUGGAAGUUCAUUACAAUAAUCCAACCUUGAAAAGGGUGAACGACAGCAGCGGAAUAAGACUUCACUUGACGCCGGAGCUACGUCCUCAGGAAGCGGGCAUUCUCGUGACCGGCGUGGCGGUGAGCCCCCUUCAUCUGGUGCCCCCGAAGCAAAAGGCAUACGCCACCGCCGGAUAUUGCACUCCGAACUGCACCAACGCGAUGUUUCCCGAGGAUGGCAUCAAUAUUGUAUCGGUCGUUCUACACUCGCACUUGGCUGGUCGACGUCUCAGCCUGAAGCACAUUCGAAAAGGUAAAGAGCUGCCGAGGAUAGUCCAGGACAAUCACUUCGACUUCGACUACCAGCAGUCUCACACCCUCGAGAAAGAGGUGAAGGUGCUGCCUGGCGACGAGCUAGUCGCGGAAUGCAUUUACGGCACUCUCGACAGAACGAAACCGACUUUAGGCGGCUACGCGGCUACCCAAGAGAUGUGCCUGGCAUUCGUCGUGCAUUAUCCCAGAACCCCACUCGCCGGUUGCUAUAGUAUGACGCCCGUCAUGGAGUUCUUCAAGACUCUCGGCGUGAACAGCUUCCAAAACAUGACAAUGGAUAACGUGACGAAGUUCCUAAUGAAUGGUCAACAGCUUCCCGGUCAUUCGACCAUGAAAUCGACCGAGAUUAAUAAGUCUGUCGUUAAAGAAGCUAACAAGUCUGCGUUAAGGCCGAUAAGAGAGCACACCGAAAAAAAUGAUGAUGAUAACAUCUUCACGCGACUCGUCAUUAAGGAACCCGAGGAAUUUAAAGGUCGAACUUUGACCCAACAUAUGCUGGCUUUGCCGUGGGCGGAGGAUUUGCUCACGAGAACGAUAGAAGCUAAUCUUUAUCACGGCAAACACUUGACAUUCUGUAGAAUGAGGGAUGAUCAAUUAGCACUGCCGGCAAAUAUUCAGAACUUCCCGAAUUUCACGGUGCUGCCGGAAAAGAACGACACGUGCAGCGAGUUUAAGUUCAAGUCUGGCUCCUCCACAGUUUCCUACACCCACCUGCUCACCCUGGUCAUUAUUGUCGUCGUAUCGAUCGUCACGUUGUAAAAAGUCUCGAGCAAAUAGUCAACGACAGUCAGCGGCUGCACGGCGAAUGCAAUUUGCGCUGUCAGUUGCGCGAGCACGAUAAAUACGGUUCUCGUCACGAAUGUUUUCUGUAUAUUUUCAAAUUUUAUAAGACGAGCCUGAUUAACUUAUUAAUUUAAGCAAUCUUACCUUGUAAGGCGAGCGAUUUUCUCGUACGAGCCCCAACAACUCGAAACAAGUCCAGAUAUUCCUAAAGUAUUAGGUGGCCGGUCAAUUUCUUCUGGCAAGAUAACAAAUCUUCAAAAAAUUGUCGUCGAUCUGCCACACUUGUAAGCAUACAUAGAUAUAAAUAUAGAAGUACAUAAUAUAAUAUAAUGUAAAUAGUAUAUAAUUAUUAAUAAUGCAUAUUUAUAAGACGUGCACACUCUCCUGUUUUACCAUUUUGUAAUACGUGUCUUGUAUAAAAAUAAACAUUUGUAAACAUUUUUCUCCAAA